GAGGCGCGGCUCAUGCCCCCAGUAUCCCGGUCCAGCUAGUCCGAGGACAUCCUGGGCUCUCGGAGGCGGCGACGCAGCUCCUCAGGGAGCCCACCAUCCCCGCGGAGCAGAUGUUCUUCUGGGGAUGGCCGUUCCCGUUCUCACUCCCGCGGCCAUGAGGGCCUCAGGCCUCCUUGGAGUGAAUCGGAGGUGGGCGCUCUUUACCCCUUUAGUCGCUCUGGGUCGCGAGAGCGGCCCCCAGGGUUCCGCAACUACGCCUACCCGUCCUGUUCGUCGACCUCGUAUAGCGGAUAUCGCCACCAUCACCGCUACUAUGCAGAAGAACGGCAGUGGGCGGAAGACUACGAGAAGGAGAAGGAAGAGAACUAUCGGCAGAGGAGGCUGAAGGAGAGAGAGAGGAUUGGGGAAUUGGGAGCGCCUGAGGUGUGGGGGCCGUCUCCAAAAUUCCCUGAGCCAGAUUCUGACGAACAUAACCCAGUUGGGGAUGAAGAAGAGGUAAUGAAUCAGAAAAGCAGCAGUUCAGAUUCCAAUUUGGAAGAACACAGGAAAGAGAAGACCAGUCGUUCAAGAAACAAGAAAACAAGAAAUAAAAAGUCGUCUAAAAGAAAACAUAGGAAGUAUUCUGUUAGUAACAGUAACUCAGACUCUGACACAAAUUCUAACUCUAAUGAUGAUAAGAAGAGAGUUAAAGCCAAGAAGAAAGAGAAGAAAAAGAAACACAAAACAAAAAAAUACAAGAAAAUGAAGAAUAAGAAGACCAAGAAAGAAUCCAGUGACUCAAGCUGUAAAGACUCAGAAGAGUUGUCAGAAGAUACCUGGAUGGAGCAGCCAAAUAUGGCAGAUACUAUGGAUUUAAUAGGGCCAGAAGCACCUAUAAUACAUACCUCUCAAGAUGAGAAACCUUUAAAUUAUGGCCAUGCUUUGCUCCCCGGUGAAGGUGCAGCUAUGGCUGAGUAUGUAAAAGCUGGAAAGCGAAUCCCACGAAGAGGUGAAAUUGGGUUGACAAGUGAAGAGAUCGCUUCUUUUGAAUGCUCAGGUUAUGUCAUGAGUGGCAGCAGGCAUCGCAGAAUGGAGGCUGUACGACUGCGUAAGGAGAACCAGAUCUACAGUGCUGAUGAGAAGAGAGCUCUUGCAUCCUUUAACCAAGAAGAGAGACGAAAGAGAGAAAAUAAGAUUUUAGCCAGUUUCCGAGAGAUGGUGUACAAAAAGACAAAAGGGAAAGAUGACAAGUAA